AUGUCUUCCGCCACCUCUUCCAUCGUCUCUUCCACCACCACGACCUCAGCAACGGCCACUUCCAGCUGCUCAGCAAAGCUCUACGAAAUUCCAGCGCAUGCAGCUGCAUGCGCUAUGCCAAUGGCAUAUACCAAUUCGUCUGCCAUCAUGAAAAGUUGCUGCGGCUCAGCGACUGUCAAAUCUUACGGCAGCUGCGAUUACUACUGUCUUGCAGUCGAUCAGACCGUUGGUGUGCUGGCUGAAUGUCUCAUGACGGCGUCUGAUUCGAGCGAAGUCUGGUGCAAUACCAAUGCCAACGCUACUGCUUCCUUGACAAGUAGUUCAGCAACUGAAACUUCCACUGCUUCCCCCACCAAAAGCUCAUCAUCGACUAGCAGCUCAGGGUCCGUUAAACGCGCUAAGAUUUCAAUGGCUGCUAUUGGCGCGAUGGGACUACUACUUUUUGGAUCUCUUAUGUAA